AUGCAUCCUCGCCACUUCGGUCCACAGUGUCCGCUCGAGCUCACCUGACCUCUGACACAAAGCUUCAUUUGACUGUGGACUCAACUGAACUGUCAGGGCAUUGGACCGAGUGAAACUGAGCCGCAGAGAGCAAGGACAGUCCAGUUAAAGAUCUCCUGAGUUCAGUUCAGUGACAUCAUCACCUCGAGACAAAGCAGUGGAAUAUCACGACUCAACAAAGUAGAGACUUAUAUAGACCCAAGAGAAACCAUAACACAGUCUGCUAUGGCAACCACAGGCAUGCAGUUGCUCGGCCUCAUCAUGUCCAUCUUGGGCUGGGUGGCCGGAGCGGUCGUCGUCGCCGUGCCGCUGUGGCGAGUCACCGCCUUCAUCGGCAACAACAUUGUGACAGCCCAAAUCAUCUGGGAAGGCCUGUGGAUGAAUUGCAUUGUGCAGAGCACGGGUCAGAUCCAGUGUAAAGUCUACGACAGUUUGCUGGCGCUGCCUAGCGACAUGCAGGCCGCCCGGGGCCUCACGGUGCUCUCCAUCCUGCUGUGCGGCGUGGCGCUGGCUUUGGGGGUACUCGGGGUGAAGUGCACCAAAUGCAUCGGCGUUAACAGCCUCAAAGCACGCAUCGCACGUAUUUCCGGUGUCCUUUUUGCCAUCGCUGGGUUCCUCUUCCUAGUACCCGUCUGCUGGACCGCUCACUCCAUCAUCAGGGAUUUCUACGACCCGCACGUGGCUGCCCCACACAAGCGUGAACUCGGCCCGGGUCUCUACAUCGGCUGGGGGGCGUCAGGUCUGCUUCUUAUUGGAGGGUCUCUGCUGUACGCCGGCUCCAGUCCGCCUGGCAUGCCCGGUUCUCCUACUUUUAGCAGCGGGGAGAGUAGUCCUCGCAGAGCGCCGGCCUCACAGGUCAAAGGUUAUGUCUAACAUCUUUGAGCAAGGUUCCUCCAAAAAGCCUGAUUCACUCUCCUGAUUUAAAGUCGAUUAUUUCAUAUUUAAUGUCGCUCUCAGGCUUAAAUAACCUUUUCUUCUCUGUCAAUGUCCAAUACAAUAAAACAUUUGCUCUUUAAAAA